GUAUUCCGACUCAUCUUAGCACACUUUAAAUAUUAUCCAAUUAUAGUAUGUCUUCUUUAUAUAAAAUACAAAACUCCUCCUUCGGUGGCGGCAGCUAUUCUACAUUCGUCUUUGAUGACCGAAAGC